CUGCGAGUUGGGAAUACGACUCAGAGACGCUUACACACUAUUAAUGCCCAAUCCGACACACAUUUGGCCGGUUUUAUCGAGAUCUGCACCUGGCGGAUUUAUAAUACCUCCGUUCGAUGGAGCGUCAUCAUGGUCUGCUUAUAAAAUCCAGUUCCACACGAUCAUGGAAGCAAAUGGCUGGACUAAGAAGCAAACACGGACUGCACUAGCACUUAGUCUACGCGAUUCAGCUUUGACUGUCCUGGGGACAAUAGCUAAAGACGACAAAUUGACCUACGACAAAUUGAUGGAAGCACUGGAAGUACGAUAUGUUGACGAGCACCUAAAAUAUGUGUUUCGAGUUCAAAUAAAGGACCGAGUCCAGCGGAGAGGUGAAAUCUUCAGCAGUGAGCUCUGGAGAUUGAGAAAUUCGUCUGGAAAGCAUAAGGAAUCAUCCUUGAAUGAACUACCCUUGAGUGGCCAGAUGGAUUGUGUUCGUAAUAGAACAAGUUGCAAGUCUCGAGGAGACCUUGUGUUGAAAGCUGCAAACACUGUACCAAACAAGAAGCGAAGGAGCCAGGCACGUAAGGUUGUUAAGGACGGAUUCAGUGAGGAAUGGAGGGAUUCUCUAUCGAAGGCGCAAGAAGAUGACAAGGAUUUACGACCAAUUGUCGAGUGUUAUAAGGCUAAUUCACCGGGGCCUAAAUGGAGUAAAGUGGCUGCAAUGAGCCCAGUCACAAAAAGUUAUUGGGCACAAUGGGAUAGCCUGGUUAUACAAGACGAAAUACAGUGCCUUAAAUGA